CGAGCGCGAUCAUCGUAACGAUGAUGGCGGCUCAUAAUUUGCUGAUACACCAUUCACACACAGAUCAGUGAUACACCGACCGAACUGGACUCGGAGCACAUAAGCGGUAUGCCAUGCGCAGCAUUAUAUGAGCUGGCUGCAUACAUGACACUAGCUUACAGUUAGCUCAGGCUAGUACUUGAGGCCUGAGAUUGUGGGAAGGACCAUCAAAAUCAUCCCGGCUGAUACAUUUAACGGGUCGCCGCAAAUUCUUAACGCCUUCUGUUGAAUAUUGCCUCAACAUAAUGUUUGCUACUGACUUGGACGCACAACAGAUAUCGUUGUGCACUUACGCCGUCCUGGCAGGGAACAGUAUCCUGAUAUACGACCAUGUGUUGACUCUACCAGAAGAAUUCGCUUUCAUUUGGCGUCGCCCAAAAGGACUAGCUGCAAUGUUAUUUCUGCUCAAUCGCUAUCUCGCCCUUCUCGGCAUUAUCUGCAGUAUGGUCGUAGAACUCUUUCUUGUUUCAGACGAGGUUUGUUCGAAAUAUACGAUAUCCAGACAACUGGACAUCUUCUUCCAAGGAAUCAUCAUUUGCAUUAUAAUGGCUAUGCGCACUUAUGCUCUCUACGGCUGUAGCCAACAUCUGCUUACCUGGAUGACCAUCAUUAUCAUUGCUCUUGGGGGAGUAGCUUGUGCCGUCACUUUUGCACAAGUUUCAGGUGAUGCAGCAAUCUUGCCAGGAAUCGGCUGUUAUGAAGUAUAUACAGCAGAAACAGCCGCCCGAAUUGGGCUGGCAUGGGUGGCCUUCUUUGUUUUUGAUUUACUUAUCUUCGUCCUCACAGUGUACAGAAUCUGCAAAACUAGGGGUUUACCACGAUUAUCUCUGACAACUACGAGAAAUAUCAUGGAUGUCAUAUUUCAGGAUGGUGCGAUGUAUUUUGGAGCUAUGGCACUGAUUCAUAUACCAAACAUCCUGACAUACUAUUCUGGUUCAGUCGCUAUCAGAGGCAGUCUGUGCAAUUUCACAAGCUGUAUAUCCGUUACUCUCAUUUCUCGGCUGAUGCUUAACCUGCACAAGACCAUUCACACUGGUAUUUUCUCCACCAACGUCCGGGACGACGACUACUGCCUCGAUGUCCUUACCACCAGGGUAGAUGUACAGUCCGCUAUAUCCUCUCACUAUUGGUAGGCUAGUAUUGAAUCUUGUAUCUGGAUGCCAAGCUGGGAGUGAAAGUUAUUUCCAAACCUUUUUUCGAAGGCAGCGCAGUGUGACAGGGUGGUGGACAACGCUGCAUCUCGUGCUGGCGGCUAUGCGUGCCUAAAAUCUAUGUUACUUCUGGC